UCAUAAUGCCGAUGCGUCAAACGUUUUACAAUGACCCGGGUAUAAAUACCGCUGCGCGCAAGGAGUAGUUAGUCAUUUUUCCAAAAUCAAAGGAAAGAAACUAAGGAACAGGAACGAACUGUGUUUUAUUCUAACCCUCCUUACUUUUGAUAAGCUACUAUUCUUCCUUAUUCUAUAUUUAGUCUACCAGACUCUCCUUCUACCAUGGGUGGAUUAUUUCAAAGAAAUGUAUUAGUGGCAGCAGCGGUAUGCUGCUCUGUGCUGGUCCCGUCGGUGCUGGGGUCCCCGGUGUUAGCGCAAGAGCCGAUCCGAUGCGCCCCGUGCUCGCCGGAGAAAAUGAGCGAGUGUCCGGCGGUGGCGCCCGGCUGUGCGGAGGUUCUGCAGGAGCCGGGUUGCGGAUGUUGCCUCGCUUGCGCCCUGAAGACGGGGGAUCUGUGCGGAAUCUACACGGCGCCAUGCGGGUCCAGACUGAGGUGCACCCCGAGACCCGGCGACCUCCGGCCGCUUCACUCCCUCACUCGCGGCCAGGCGGUAUGCACAGAGAUCCCCGAGCCCGAAAGGAGCCCUGUGCCCCAAAACCCCGGUAUGUAUCCCCUAAUUGCAGAAGGUUUUGGCUAUAGCUAGAUUAUAAAUAGCAUAUAUGCAAUAUAUAUGUAAUAUCAAUAGUCUAUGGUUGACAUAAGCAAAUAAUAACCUUUAUUUUAAAAAGCCUAUUAGCCUAAUAAUAUUUAUAAUUAUAGCCUAAUAGUAAUUAGUCUGCACAUUAUUCAUCAUUUGCAAAUGUAUUUCUGCAUAACUGCAAUCAAGAUUGUGAUUUCUACUGUCUUUUCCCCUUCUUGGCACUCUCAUUCCCUCUUUUCUCCAGACCAAGGAGAGGUGGACAAUGCCGAGACAGAAAACGCUGCCAUGGUGUCGGACCCCGGCUCCAGCCUCUACCUCCCCGGCCACAGCAAACCCUUCGAUCCCCGGGCCGCCGCGGACGCACAGGAGAGCAUGAAAGCCAAAGUCAACGCAAUUCGAAAGAAACUGGUGGAGCAGGUGAGCGCUCACGGAAAAUGUACUAACCGUUUUGCAACUAUAAUUUAACGUUCCUAAAACUUUUGGAGAGUCAAAGAACGGUUGGGGUUGUGGUUAGUUAACAUCAUACCGCAAGGGGGCGCUCGAGUCCUUUUGAAGUGUGUGUGUGUGUGUGUGUGUGUGUUUGUGCGUGCGUGCGUGUGUGUGCAUGUGGGUGGGUGUGUGUGUGCAUUAGCCUACCUUAUGACCUAUCCUGGAACAAUUUUACAAAAUACCAGUGUUUUGCCACAACAGGCCUUGACUGUGAGGGUUGAUUGGAUAGAACAGCAGCCUUUGAUGAGUAGCGAGAAGGCAGUACUCUAUCUAGCAGCACUACUUUGACAGCAUGCCCAUAGACAAUUCAAUACAGGUAGGGUCAGGUCUCCCAGGUAGCCCCUUCAGAGACGGAUUUAGAAGCAAAUGAACAUGAAUAAAACACUUAAAAUAGGCCUACACAGUACAUAGAAAUACACUUAAAACGUUUUUCUCUCUCUCUCUCUCUCUCCUCUCUCUCUCUCUCUCUCUCUCUCUCCCUCUCAUCUCGCUCUCUCCUCUCCUCACUCAUCUGCUCUCUCGUCCUCUCUCUCUGGCCGCUCCUCUUCGCAUCUCUCUCUCAUCCUCUCAAUGUCUCUCUCUCUCCAUCUCUCUCUCGUCUCCUCUCUCCUCUCUCAUCAUCGCUCUCUCAUCUCUCUCUCCUCUCCUCUCUCUCCCUCUCUCUGCUCUCUCUCUCUCCUCUCUUUCCCUCUCCUCCUAGGGUCCCUGUCAUGUGGAGUUACAGAGAGCUCUGGAGAAGAUCGCUAAGUCACAACAGAAGCUAGGAGACAAACUGACCAGGUUCUAUCUGCCAAACUGUGACAAACACGGACUCUACAAAGCCAAACAGGUAGACACACUGUGUGUGUGUGUGUGUGCGCGUCUGUCUGUCUGUAUGUCUGUCUGUCUGUCUGUAUGUAUGUAUGUCUCUGUGUGUGUGUGUGUGUGUGUGUGUGGUGUGUGUGUGUGUGUGUGUGUGUGUGUGCAUGUGCACUUGGGAUUGGUGCCCAAUUCAUGACUCCUGUCAGUGUGAAGGAAUCUCACCUGGUUGUGUGUGUGUGUGUGUGUGUGUGUGUGUGUGUGUGCAACCAAGAUUGUGCCAACCACAGCUCCAGAAAUAAUAAUGUGUGUUCAGGCAGAGAUUUGUACAGCACUGCUUACACCUUGGAGCACAUUCAGCUAGUUUCACUCUAGUGUCAUCCCCUUGGCGUGGCAUGACUAUACACGCGUGUGCCUCUCCGUGUGUGCCUGUACACACAUUUGUCUUGGAAUGGGUGUGUGUUUGCCCCAUGAGGUGCGGCUGCACACAGAUGAGGGUCAUAGCAUAUCUGAACAGGUGUGUUAGGUGGAGGUGUGUUACGGUGUGUAAAAAAACAAACAGGCAUUCAAAUCUCUCUCUCUCCUGUCUCACAGUGUGAGUCAUCUCUUGAUGGACAGAAAGGCAGGUGUUGGUGUGUGUCCUCCUGGAAUGGAAAGAAGAUUCUGGGAUCCACAGAUCUGCAGGGAGAUGCUGAGUGCUCUUAUGAGAUCAACCACUGAUGCAGAACACGCACGCAUGCGCGUGCACACACACACACACACACUAAACCACUGUUUUUUAAAAUUCCUGUUAUUUAUUAAUUGUCCAUGGUGGUGUUUGAUAUUCAGGUACACACUGUCACUGUUAAUAUUUUCAUGCAUUUACUUUAACUCUACAGCCUUAUUUAUUUCACAUUAUAUAUCUCUUAAUUUUGUUAUUUUUAUGUUAAGAAUAUGUAUAUAAUUUUUCCUUAUUGUUAUUAUUAUUAUUAUUGUUAUUAUUAUUAUUAUUAUUAUUAUUAUUAUUUGUGUAUUAUUAUCAGUGUAUAA